AGGUGCCGCAUUGAGCACAUCGACGCCCCAACGAGCUUUGAGGCGCACGAUUAAGAAUAAAAGCAGAAUAUCAUCAGCUGCUUGUCUUCUUUAGUCCUUUUUCUUUUUCUAAAAUCUGUGCUCCAAGAGCAAGGAAAAACAAAAACCUGCUCUACGCUGUGUCCCUCAGCUGCUCCCACAUACAAGGUUGGCAUUCCGCUCAGAUACAUAACGCGAUAGAAACGUGGAAGUUCGAGCGACGGCCACGGCGUACCUCUUGACGAAGACACACUUUAUAUUCCCCCCCCUCCUUAAAAAAGAACUUAUAGCAGACACAUUCCUUUACUCAGCCCAAGGCUUGCAGUCCCACACGGUUAUCCUAUUUAUCCCCCUCUUUUUCUCCGUUUCGGUGGUCUGCCCCCACGCGAAUGGUCCAAAAACGACCAGCAACCUUCUCCUCCACGCCCCUCGACGAGCGCGGACGCAUCGGCAACCGCAGCCCUCACCGGAGCAGUGAUUUUAAUAGCAACAAUAGAGUUCCCAAGGCACGUGCGAGCACGGCGGCGUCCAAUCCAUCGCUGGACGCUGACUCUUUUCUACCGCAGAUUGCCCCUGUGCGAAAGAUGGUUUCGCCUCAACGGAAGCCACCGCAGCAGGAGAAUCUGCUGACGCCACCCAAGAGGCAGAGACGACCGUCGGUGGCGGCGGUCGCGCCAGCGGGGACACCGCGCUCGGCUCGCGCGCAGGAAGGCAAAAGAACGCCGCGUCGGUCAACGAAUGACUCGGCGGUAAAUUUGGAUUUGGGGAUGGUAAAGGCUGUUGGUGCUGCCGCAGCCGUGUCACCCCGGAGGCCUUCGAGAACGGCUGCACCGAAGAGCGGCAUUCAAACCGACAUACAGCAGCCGAACCGAUACAGGCGUAGGCCUACCAUGCGCCGUGAUGGCACUCGAAGUCCCGUCAGCAAGCAGCAACUGAGCGAAGGGCAAGCAGUCGCAAAAGAGGAGGAAGUGGCCCUGACAGCGGAGGAGACGCUGUUGUUAUGCGGCGUGCAGCCUGGUUCGUCGAAAGCUCUGUGGGUUACAUCGAUGCUUAGCCAACUUGACUCGCGUGUAUAUGGCAGCGCAAGUCUCUUCUCCGACGCUGACGGCAUCCAUUCUAUUCCAGGGUCAUCGCGGGCUCCUCAUCAGUCGCCAUCGCCCUCUACAAGUCUCGCUGCUCGCAGCUCUGCUGCGUCUUUUCUCUCCGGACCCUUGCAGGUUCCAGAAGAGCUUCUUAAAGAGGAAAAGAAGGUCAAUAGGGUUGCGCAUCCCCCACCGGCUCCGGCAACGCAUCCACCACCCCGUGCUGCACGAUCGUCUCUUUCGCCGCUGCCUCGCGACGCUGCGCGGACGCCGCCCUCGAUCCCGGUGGCUGACAAACGCAGGGAGACUAGCAGCGAGGAGGAGGACGACGACGCCCCGACUUCCGACGGGGAGGGUUCCCCCUCCACCACACACAGCACCGACGAGGACGUGUCGAAAACCGCAGACGAUGAUGAGAAACGCGAGAAAACGGAGGAGAAAGAAGAGGAAGAGGAAGAAAAAGACAGCGAAGAAUCCUACUCACCUUCUCCCACCAAGUUCGGAAGCGAGACAACGAAGCCAAUUUCGGAGGCGGCAGACCUGCUGGCGAAGUUACGCAUUGCCGUGGCGCAUAGAAAAGCGGAGCCGCCGCCUGUGGACCUUGCGGCGUUGCACCUGCAUCGCCUCCGACCGUCCCGUCGUCAGCUACACGAGUACCGCGUUCACGUGCUUUCGUUAGAUCACGCGAGACAGGGCACCUGCAGCUCUGGGGAGUGA